GAGACGGAUACAAUGAUUCAACAGAGACUUGAAGUUCGGUUAUUGUCUCGCACACGUUAGUUCGGUCAGCCUCGGUGUACGUACAAAGACCACAGAGAUGGACAACAUUUCGCAUGUUUUCUUUGGCCUAACAGGCCAGUGACCUUUAUUUACGGUUUAUUAUUCCAUUCGUCGAUUCAAUGCCGUUGACUUUGUGAUAAUUUCUCUUACAAUUCUAAUUUCAUUGUCCUGACAAUUCGGAGAAAGAAGAUCUGCAUUUUUUGCUUCAGGUUCGAUUUUUGUGAUUUUUCUUUUUGCCAAUUACAAGACUUUUUGAAAUCCAGACACAGUAUUGUCCUCAUCUGUGUGAUGCGUGAACAUUCAUGAUUUUAAUGGAAUGAGUUGUUAAAUUUGGGAUUUACUUCCUGAUCAAACCUUCCCCUCUUGGAAUGUGAUUAUAAUGGGUUCUUGUUGUCAGUUUCUUGUUCUUUUUUUUUGUUUUUUUCCUCCAGAUUUUUGAAAUGGCAGAUGGGAAACCUAGUUUCACAGUUGAUGAAGCUCUUGUGGCGAUGGGAUUUGGUAAGUUCCAACUCUACGUCCUUGCUUACGCUGGGAUGGGUUGGAUUGGAGAGGCCAUGGAGAUGAUGCUUCUCUCUUUCGUUGGACCUGCUGUUCAGUCUCUUUGGAAUCUCUCUUCUCGGCAGGAAAGCUUUAUUACCAGCGUUGUUUUUGCUGGUAUGCUCAUUGGAGCUUACUCUUGGGGCAUUGUUUCUGACAAACAUGGCCGCAGGAAAGGAUUUAUUAUAACUGCGGUGGUGACUUUUGUAGCUGGUUUCUUGAGCUCAUUUUCACCAAGCUACACGUGGUUGAUCAUUCUCCGAUGUUUGGUUGGUCUCGGGUUGGGAGGAGGUCCUGUUCUUGCUUCUUGGUAUCUUGAAUUCAUACCUGCACCAAGCCGAGGGACUUGGAUGGUUGUUUUCUCAGCUUUCUGGACCGUUGGAACCAUAUUUGAAGCUUCCCUCGCUUGGUUAGUCAUGCCAAGAUUGGGCUGGAGGUGGUUACUUGCACUCUCUUCUAUACCUUCAUCGUUGCUUCUUCUGUUCUAUAGGUGGACAUCGGAGUCUCCUCGUUACUUAAUCCUACAAGGCCGGAAAGCUGAAGCCCUUUCUAUAUUAGAGAAGAUUGCGAGAAUGAAUGGAACCAAACUACCCCCGGGUGAUCUCAGUUCAGAGUUGGACACCGAGCUGGAAGAGAAUAAAAACCUUCCAACAGAAAAGACUCUUCUUCUUAAGCCUGGAGAAGUAGGAGAAGCUGUUUUAGUGUCCAAGACAGUACUAACAGCUGAUAAGGAACCAGGUUUCUCGUUACUAGCUCUUCUAUCUCCAACGCUAAUCAAUCGGACUUUGCUAUUAUGGGUUGUGUUCUUCGGAAAUGCUUUUGCUUAUUACGGCGUUGUCCUUCUCACCACCGAGCUGACCAGUUCCCAUAACAGAUGCUAUCCAACCGAAAAAAAAUUGCUAAAUUCAAACGACGUUAACUACAGAGACGUUUUCAUCGCCAGUUUUGCAGAGGUUCCAGGUCUACUGUUAUCAGCAGCAAUGGUGGAUAGACUUGGACGAAAAGUUUCAAUGGCAUCAAUGUUAUUCACCUGUUGCUUUUUCCUUCUUCCUCUGUUAUCUCAUCAAUCUCCAUUCAUAACUACUGCUCUUCUCUUUGGCGGUCGUAUAUGCAUCUCGGCUGCUUUCACGGUGGUUUACAUAUAUGCUCCGGAGAUAUAUCCAACGGCGGUGAGAACAACUGGAGUAGGAGUGGCGAGCUCGGUAGGAAGAAUUGGAGGAGUCUUGUGUCCACUGGUGGCCGUUGGGUUAGUUCACGGAUGCCAUCAGACGAUCGCUGUUCUUCUAUUUGAGAUUGUGAUUCUUGUCUCAGGAAUUUGCGUUUGUCUAUUCCCUUUCGAGACAAGUGGUCGUGACCUGACAGAUAGUAUCUCUGCGUCCAAAGAAUCACCUUCAGCCUCUGUAUAGCCAAAUUCUUUUUGACCAAUGUAGUUAUUUAGUUGUUGGAAGGAAAGAAAACAAAAACCUGAGUGAUUACAAAUAGAGAUAUUUUGUAUACAUCACAGGUUAGUAAUAUGAUUAAUAUUUCAUGUGUAAA